AUGCCCGAGGUGCCUGGUUCUGAGGAUAUUUCGUUGAUGAAGAAUGCUCUAUGUGACAAUGGCCUAAUGUCGAUGGAGGAGGAAGAAAACAGUGAUAAUGAGUUGAUUAAGAAGGGGAUGGUAUUUGAUAGUUUUGAUGAGGUGAAGUUUUGGUUCAGGGACUACUCAGUUCGGCACCACCGGCCGUACGAAGUUGUUCGUUCGAAUGCGAAGGAGAGGUACACCGUGAAGUGCCAGAAAGGUUGUGGAUGGGGUGUAUGGGUCCGGCGUAUCCCAGAUGACAGCCACCGAUGGAAGGUCACAAAUGUAAAGCAGCCUCACACUUGCGGGUUUGCGAGACCGGAACAAGUGCACUCCCAGUGCACGGCAAGUUAUCUUGGUCAAUGCAUCGCCCCAAUCGUUAGGGCAGACCCGGACACGACUGUGGCCUCUCUAAUUGAGUCUAUAAUUAGGUUCACAAAUUACCGUGUAUUGUACGGGAAGGCAUGGAGAGCCAAGCAACAUGCCAUGGCAUUACUUUGGGGAGAUUGGAAGGAGGCGUACGCGAGGGUCCCUAGGAUCUUGAAUGCAAUUGCACACAUCAAUCCCGGGACGAAGUGGUUCGUAUGGACUGGUGGCAUGAUGGCUAGCGAUGGCGGUACCAUUAAACCCGUAAUGCAGCGUGUGUUUUGGUGCUUCAAUCAAUGCGUGGAAGGCUUCAAACAUUGCCGGCCCGUGGUAAGUGUCGACGCCACAUUCUUGACUGGAAAGUACAAGGGCGCAUUGAUGAUUGCUGUUGGCAUCGAUGCUGAGGAUCAGUUGAUCCCUCUAGCAUUUGCGCUGACGGAAGGAGAGCGGAACAGUAGCUGGUCUUGGUUCAUGUGCCUGGUCCGCCGUCACGUAAUUGGAGCGGGACGACAAAUUCGCAUGAUAUCGGAUCGACACCAAGGUCUCCUCAACGCAGCAAGGGAACACAUGGAAGGUUACCCUCCUCUCGUGCACCGGUGGUGUAUGCGGCAUUUUGCUGCGAACAUUUGGAGAAGACAGAAAAGCAAGGAGGUACUUGCCAAACUCAAAAUAGUUUGCAAGGUUAAAGAAGAGAGACUGUUCGAAAAAAAGCUAGUAGAAUUGGAGAAGGUAUUGAACGAGCAUGCGACAGAGUGGUUAAAGAGCGAACUACCUAACAAGUCAAAAUGGGCGCAGGCUUUUGAUGCGGGAGGAUGUAGGUACGGGAUUAUGACAACAAAUAUCUCAGAGGUAUUCAACAACGUCCUUAAAGGCAUCCGUGCAAUGCCGAUUUCUGCCAUCGUUGAGUACACCUUUCAUAAAUGCAACUACUACUUUGUUGAUCGGUGGAAGAGAGCACGCGCAGGUAUCGAUGCUGGUGAUGUGUGGGGGAAAAGCCGUUGCUAA